GCAUGUACUACACUCGGAGCGUAACGCUCCGAGUCGCGACGGGAGUUCUGCGGCAGCGGUGUUCAGUAGUUCGCAGUACGCGCUCUCGAGGCGACGUUUAUUCGCAUCAUUACUUUUUUUCGCGUUCUCACGGCUUGAACGUACAAUUAUAGUGUAGUUGUUGUUGGUUUUUUUUACACUAGCGUGACCGUUUUUUUUUUUUUUAAUUUUUUUCCCGUUAAUUUCCUGUCCGUCGCGAGUCUUUCGGACCAUCGUUUUUGUGGCUGCAGUGCGACCGAACGUAGUACUGUCGCGCCGUCCCGUCGGUCGAUCGCGGUCGUCGUGCGUUUGCGGCAAGCCCGGUGAUUUCAAUUGUUGUGCCCGACGUGAUGGUGUACCGGUCGAAACGCGGCCGGAAGACGACACAGCAGCUUCAACGCCUGGUCGGCGCGCGAUGAAGUCGUCGACGGUCGCGGCUGCUGGCCAAUGGUUCCGGGUGGCGGCCGUCGUGCUGGCCACCGUUUUGUGUCGGCCCCAAGCAGGACUUUGCAGUGAUCUAAUUGGAAGCCCUCCGACCAUAUUUGUAGAAAGGAACUGGGUAGUCGAUUCCACGGCUCCUGUGGGCACAGUGGUCGCCCGGGUUCGUGUAUCAGACGUGAGCAAUGAGAUACCGUUACAGUACGGGCUGGAACACUCGACGGGUUUCAAUAUCGUGCAGGAUAACGAGGAACCAUUGCCGUUUGACAUCGAUGAAAAUGGAAAAGUCACCACAAAUACGACUCUGACCAACAAGGAGGGUAAAAACAUAUACCUAUAUGUGACGAUCAACGACGGGCACUUGACAUCCAAGACUCAAGUGUGGGCCAAGGUGGAAGGACCCGGCUCUGCGGUCCGGAAACCAUCGAACGUGGGCGCGGGCCUGCCGAAUAAUUUCCUGUCGUCGCAGUUCCGGCCGCCACCACCGCCGUCGAUCCCGGUCAAUGGAGCUGGUUUUUCGGGCGUCGUUUUCACGCCGCCGAGUAAACACUCCCCGGCUUCCGUGCCGAACAAGACCACGCAGCCAUCCAGGCCGGCCACGGCCGCAAACAAAGUUCCUACCACGCGGACACCGGCGUUACCGGUCACGCAAAAGGCUGCAGCAGUCACGGCCGCCGGCGCGCCGGUUGCCGAAGCGUCCACGUCGCCGACCGGGAUGUCCAGCGCAAAUGAUGUAACCAAGACCACAGUAACCGACUCAUCCUCCACCGCAACCACUGAUUCCGUGGUCGCUACUACUCGGCCAAAUGAGACAGCAAAAAAUGCGUCGGAGACUGCGCUUACUCCGCCCACGGUGACCACUCAGCAACCGGUGCAGAACAACAUGGUGCUGGCUCUGGUGCCCAUUGUGGUCGCAGCAGUUUUCCUGACGGCGGCCGGCGUGCUCGCUUGCUUGUUCCGCAAGAGACUGUUUUCCGCCAAAGUCAAGUCCAAAAAAGUCAACUCCAUCGGCAAAAAGAACAGCUCAAGAUCGGACGAUCCGAUGGUCAUGCACCACUGGAGCGGACCGCGGGCUUUCACCAGAUAUGAAAGCUGGGGCUCCGAUCCGUCGGUUCAUGGACAGUACACAGGUGGAAAAGAGUCCGCGAUCAAAGAAGUCGACCAAUGGGAGGUGCCCAGACACCACGUACGGGUGUGCUCGAUAUUAGGCGAAGGAAGUUUCGGGCAGGUCUGGAAGUGCGAAGCGUACAAUAUCAUGGGGUUCAAGGGCAACAUGGUGGUAGCGGUCAAAACGCUCAAGGACAAUGCGGGCGAACGCGAGCGUCUCGACCUGGUACAGGAACUACAGGUGAUGAAGUCGCUGGAACCCCAUCCGCACGUCGUGAAACUGUUGGGCUGUUGUUCGGAAAGAGACCCCUUGUUCGUCAUCAUGGAGUACGCGAAAUUGGGAAAACUCCAGAGCGUGCUGAGGAAUUCUCGCGGCGUAAACUACUACACGAAUACACAUGGGCCGAGUUCAUUGACGUCGCACGAACUCAUUAUGUUCUGCUAUCAGAUCGCCAAAGGAAUGGACUUCUUGUCGUCUAAAGGGAUCAUUCACCGUGACCUGGCGGCCCGGAACAUACUGGUGACGGAGGACCGGGUGUGCAAGAUUUCGGACUUCGGGUUCGCGCGCGACGUGGCCUCAAGCCGCGUGUACGAGCGCAAGUCCGAGGGCCGGCUGCCCAUCCGGUGGAUGGCGCCCGAGUCCCUGUUCGACAACAUGUACUCGGCCAAGUCGGACGCGUGGUCGUUCGGCGUGCUCAUGUGGGAGAUAGUGACGCUUGGCUCGACCCCAUACCCGGGUAUGGCCGCGGCGGACGUCAUGAAGCGCAUCCGUGACGGAUACCGGCUGGACAAGCCGCAGCACUGCCGCCGCGAGGUGUACAACAUCAUGUUCUACUGCUGGGACAAGUGCCCGGACGACCGGCCUGACUUCGCCGAGCUGAUGGAGCUGCUGGACAAGCUGCUGGUCGACGAGACCGACUACAUACAGCUGGACAGGUUCCCAGAUAACGCGUACUACAACAUCACCACGUGCAUCAGCGGCGAGCGCCUGUGAUCGAUGCACGGCCCUGCCAGCCCGCGGAUGAACAAGAUCUCGGACUCCUCAGCCCUUCACGAUGCCCACUCUUUGGAGUGCUGCGCACCAAACGCCUGUCUACCACAUCGUCCUUACCCUCUCGUACCGAUGAUACCUGGUGGUGUACAAACGACUUCUUUUUUUUUUUUCGUUUUUCAUAUUUUUGUGUCCAACGAAAUUACUGUUUUUCAUUCUCUCUCUCUUUCUCUCUCUCUUUCUGAACCACCUGUAUAUCUUCUGUGUAUGUGUGUAUGUGUAUGUGUGUUUGGAAAACGUCGAAAAACCUCCUGGAAAUAAGACCUAUAUCGAAACCUAUAUAAUGUAAAACCGUAGUAUGCUCGGACUUAAAUCGUUUUAUAGGCCGCAAUCGUCCUUUUAUUGGCAUUUUUUCAUUUAAAAACUUUUAUAUUUAAUUACAUGUACGUAUUAAUGUUUGAACGUAAUCCUUAACGCUUCAUCUUAAACAAACCAUAUACAUUCGAUUAUUAAACGAUUUGCGUACUAUCCUCACAGUUAAUUAAUACUGUCACUUCUUAAAAUACGAUUUUAUCGUCAAAAACUGUGUAAAUAAAAAAUAAAAUAAAUCGAGCGUACGCUUCGGAGAUUCCGAGGAACGCGUGUUCGACUGACUGAGCUACAAAUAUGUUUUUCCUAAAAAUCCCAAUUAGUUUAAUUUGGACUCUUUUCAUUAUUAUUCAUUAUUGAUACGAUCUUGUUAACGACAUUUAGGUGCACAUUGCUUCAGCUUUUCUUCUUCAUUUCUAUUUGUAUACAGGUUAAUUUCAUUCAAUUUCUACGGAGUUAGUGUAAAAUGUUGUUUAUUAUUUUUUUUUUUCAUAAAAGAAAAA